GGAGUGUUAGAGCAGAUCAGCGCUGGAAUAUGAAGCUCUGCUGGACCGAGCAAUAAGGAUUACAGUGAUUUGAAUUUCUAAACGAGAAGACAGGACCAUUUUUAUCUGCGAGACAACUUUAUACGCACUCCAGGAUGCCUCGGUCAUUCCUAGUAAAGAAGCAUUUCAAUGCGGCCAAGAAACCGAAUUAUAGUGAACUGGAGAGUCCAACAGUGUUUAUUUCUCCAUAUGUCUUAAAAGCACUCCCGGUGCCUGUUAUACCUCAACCUGAAGUGUUAAGCCCGGUGGCAUACAAUCCCAUAACAGUAUGGACUACCAGCAACCUGCCACUGUCUCCCCUUCCCCACGACCUCUCCCCCAUAUCCGGAUACCCCUCGUCCCUCUCUGACACAUCCUCUAAUAAGGACCACAGCGGUUCGGAGAGCCCCAGGAGCGACGAAGAUGAGCGGAUACAGUCUACCAAGCUGUCGGACGCUGAGAAGUUUCAGUGUGGUUUGUGUAACAAGUCCUACAGCACGUAUUCGGGACUCAUGAAACACAAACAGCUGCAUUGCGACGCACAGAGCCGGAAAUCAUUCAGCUGCAAGUACUGUGAGAAGGAAUACGUGAGUCUAGGAGCCCUAAAGAUGCAUAUAAGGACACACACGCUGCCGUGCGUUUGUAAAAUGUGUGGAAAAGCUUUCUCCAGGCCUUGGCUGCUGCAGGGACACAUUAGGACACACACAGGCGAGAAACCGUUUUCCUGCCCCCACUGCAGUCGUGCGUUUGCAGAUCGAUCGAACCUCCGAGCCCACCUGCAAACCCACUCAGACGUGAAGAAAUACCAGUGCAAGAACUGCUCCAAAACAUUCUCUCGCAUGUCGCUGCUGCACAAACAUGAGGAAUCUGGCUGUUGCAUCGCACACUGAGAGGCCUGCAUUCAACAAGUGCCUCCGAUUGGGAACGCUGAUCUCAGACCUGUCAGAUUGAUCUGGAAAGGAAGUGCAAAAUGCAUCCCAAAAGACAAUUUCAAAAUGCACCACGCCAGGGUCUGAAUGAAUCAAGUGUUUGUGUUGAGUCAGAUUCCAACCAAGACAUUACAUGUUAAAGGGAUAGUUCACCUAAAAAUGAGACUUUAAUCAUCAUUUAAUCACCAUUUACUUGUUCCGAUCUACUAUGGAAGUCAAGAGUUACAGGUUUCGAACAUUAUUCAAAAUAUCUUCUUUUGUGUUCAACCAUAACCAAUUGAACUCAUUACAAAUCCUGUAACCAUUGACUUCCAUUUAUUUUUCCUACAAUAGAAGUGACUGUAACCAUUGACUUCCAUUUGUUUUUCCUACUAAGGAAGUCAAUGGUUACAGGUUUUGAACAUGCUUCAAAAUAUCUUCUUUUUGUGUCCAACCAUAACCAAUUGGAACCACUGCAAACCUGUAACCAUUGACUUACAUUUAUUUUUCCUACUAUAGACGUUACUGUAACUAUUGACUUCUGUUUGUUUUUUCUACUAUCUAAGUCAAUGGUUACAUGUUUUGGACAUUCUUCAAAGUAUGUUAUUUUUGUGUUCAACCAUAACCAGUUGGAACCACUACAAAACCUGUAACCAUUGCAUUCCAUUCAUUUUUCCUACUAUAGAAGUUACUGUAACCAUUGACUUCCAUUCAUUUUUCCUUCUAUAGAAGUUACUGUAACCACUGACUUCCGUUAUUUUUUUUACUAUGGAAGUCAAUGGUUACAGGUUUCGAACAUUAUUCAAAAUACCUUCUCUUGUGUUCAACCAUAACCAGUUGGAAUCACUACAAAACCUGUAACCAUUGACUUCCAAUUAUUUUUCCUACUAUAGAAGUAACUGUAACCAUUGACUUACAUUUGUUUUUCCUACUAUGGAAGUCAAUGGUUACAGGAUUUGGACAUUCUUCAAAAUAUCUUCUUUUGUGUUUAACCAUAACCAAUUGGAACCACUACAAAACCUGUAACUAUUGACUUCCAUUUACUUUUCCUGAUAUAAAGGUUACUGUGAGCAUUGACUUACAUUUGUUUUUCCUACUAUAGAAGUCAAUGGUUACAGGAUUUGAACAUGCUUCAUAAUAUCUUCAUUUGAUUAUGUUUAACCAUAACCAAUUGGAACCACUACAAAACCGUAACCAUUGACUUCUGUUUAUUUUUUUUCUUCAAUGAAAGUCACUGUAAUCAUCAACUUUCAUUUGUUUUUUCUACUAUGGAAGUCAAUAAUUACAGGUUUCGAACAUUCUACAAAAUAUCUUCUUCAACAGUAACCAAUUGGAACCACAACAAAACUGGUAACCAUUGACUUCCAUUUAUUUUUCCUACUAUAGAAGUCACUGUAACCAUUGACUUCCAUUUAUUUGUCCUACAUAUGGAAGGCAGUGGUUACAGGUUUCAAACAUUCUUCUAAAUAUCUUCUUUUGUGUUCAACCAUAACCAAUUGGAACCAUUUGAGGGAGAGUAAACAGUGAAGAAAUUGUCAUUUUCUUGGGUGAACUAUCCCUUUAAUUGAAACUGACCCAAAACAGCCUCUGAGCUGGUUCCUGGAGAACCUUCAACACCCUCAUAAAAGAAAAGACUGUUUGCUGGAACUCAUUCAUUUCAGUGUAAUCGCAGAUUGUCAUGCGGACACCAUCAUGUGCCUUCCAUUUCAACAGUAUUUGCCCUGUAUUAGGGGGUUGAGCUGAUGUGUACUGUACAUUUGUUUACGAGUAUGUACUAUUUGGGAGGGUUUUUUUAAACGCUAGCCUGUCUAAAAAGCAAUAAUUUAUAGAGUGACCGAAUGUUAAAUGAUGGUCAUUUGUAUUUUAAACAUUUUUGGAGAGGUAAUCGGUUAGAUAUUUCAUACCAAGGAGCUUGAGACCAAAGGAAUAAUUAAUGCCAUGUUUUUAUUAAUAAAACGGGGAACAAGUGCAAAGAGAUCUUGAAUUACAAGUAUUUAAACUGUUGUGUGGUCAAACAGCAGUCAACCAGCACUCAGACAUGCAAUGCUUUUGCCAUGUGCCUAUUUUUCAUCAGGAACUUAAGAGAUUUUGCCAUGUAAUUGUUUUUUUGAAUGUAUAUGACACUGAUAUGAUUGUACUUUGUAUUGCAAAGUGUAAAUGAAUGGUAUGAUUUUGUACAAAAAUAAAAUGUACGCUUUUUUUGAGUACAACA